AUGACGUUCGUUGGAACUAAGAAACUGAUUUUUCUUCGAUCGCUCGACGGAAAAGUACUACGAAAGAUUAUUAUCUUUGUUCUACUGGCAGUAUGUCUGUAUCGUUUUGUAUUCGACACACGUCGACUGAAAGGUAUCGUAUUGAAUUACUUGCAUGUUGAACAGAAUAGAUAUAAUGUUUCACCAAACGUGUAUCUGAUUGAUCUGUACGCAACUAGCACAACGACAACAUUUCGAUGCAUCAAAACGAAACCAUUAGUCCGCAAUAUUAGCACGACUAUUUGUUUAUACAACUCAAAACGUGAUCGAUAUGUGAGCGGUGCAUUUUCCGAGCUAACGUCCAUUUGGGAAGAAAAACAAGUCACACGUACUCUCCAGUAUCUUAUUCGUCAUCCAACUAUUCAUUUCAUUGAUAUUGGUGCAAACAUUGGGACUUAUACAAUGUAUGUUGCCGCACUCGGUCGAUUCGUUUUGGCUAUCGACUGUUUUGCGCCCAAUCUUGUGCGUCUACGUCGAGCAGUUCAACUGAUGAAUGUUCAUGAACAAGUCGUUCUAGUUCAAAAUGCGAUCUAUAGUCGUUCGGGAGAGUAUUUACGAUUAUCACUCGAUACAGCCAAUGUCGGAGGACAACGUAUACGACAACCAUCACAUAGAUAUCGUGAAACAAAGAAUACGUCCAUCGUUAAUCCAUAUAUUGUGAAAACAAUUACAUUCGACGAACUUCUUCCGAUUCUCGAUGCGCGUAGUAUUCGUAGUGUUUUGAUGAAAAUUGAUAUCGAAGGAAGCGAAGGUUUCGUUUUGGAAACAGGUAGUCGAAUUUUCGAUUCGCUACAUAUUCCAUUGAUUCAAAUGGAAUGGAAAAUCGUUCAACAAAAUAACAAUCAAACGAAGCGGAUCAUUGACUUUUUAAAGCAACGUCAGUAUGAUCCAAUGGAAAUUGAAUGUAAGAUGUUAGAUUCAGAAGAUGUUCGUUCAUGGCCAGACGAAAUCUAUUGGUUGAAAAGAAAUGCAUCGAGCUUCUGCUGA